ACCUUAUAUGCCAGAUUGGUGUGUUGCAAUAUUGUGUAAACCUGAAUUAUAAAAGCAAGAAGUCAUUGCUAACAGUGGAGAAACUUGAUAGUUUGGUCAAAAAAUGAGGGACUAUGAUGACAUCACAAGUUUUUUGGGAACAUGGGGUCCAUUCCAGCUGACUGUUUUCUUUGCAUUAGCUAUAAGUAUCCUUCCAAAUGGUUUUGUGGGCCUCUACAUUGUUUUUGUGGGGGACACGCCAUCUCAUGAGUGUCUGAUUCCUGAGGAGUACAACAUCAGUGAUGUUUGGAGAGAAGCUGCAAUCCCAAUGGUGAUUCAAGACGGGGUUUUAAAACGCAGUUCCUGCUCCAGAUACAAACUGGAAACAGUGAGGAAUUUUUCUGUGCUUAACUACACCCCAAAUGUGGAGGUCAAUGUCAGCGAGAUUGAGGUCGAGUCCUGUGUGAAUGGCUGGAACUACAGUAAAGAGAUUUACGAGUCUACAACAGUGACAGAGUGGGACUUGGUAUGUGAGAAUGAGUACAAAGGGCCUCUGACCUCAUCGAUAUAUUUCUUUGGUGUGUUGGUGGGGACGUUCCUUUCAGGACAGAUGUCUGACAGGUAUGGCAGGAGGCCUGUACUUUUUGUCAUGAUGGCUAUGCAGACAAUAACUAUCCUUAUCCAGAUGUUUUCUCCAAGCUGGGAAAUCUUCACUGCCAUCUACUUCUUUGUGGGAUUCAGUGGUUUUUCUAAUUAUGUUGUAGCAUAUGUCCUAGGCUGUGAAAUUCUCAGUCCAGCCAGUCGGGUGAUGUUUGGUUCUCUGGGAAUCUUCAUGGGGUCUGGAAUCGGUCUGUUGUUCUUUCCAUUAGCAGCUUUUUUCAUCCGUAGCUGGCGAUGGCUGGUGCUUACAAACGCCCUCACUGGCCUUCUGUAUCUACCAUUGUGGUGGUUCAUUCCUGAGUCUCCUAGAUGGCUGCUCUCUCAGGGAAGAAUUGCAGAGGCUGAAGCCAUACUGAGACGUGCAGCUGCACAGAACAAGGUCACCGCACCUGAAAUCAUCUUCACAUCCUCUGAGAUUGAAGAAGCAGCAAACAUGAGGGAGAAAAAACAUAAUAUUCUGGAUAUUUUAAGGAACUCUAAUGCUGUUUUAACAAUCACGAUAUGUUCACUUCUGUGGAUGGUCAUCACCAUGUCUUACUAUGCUCUCAUUCUGAACACCACAAACCUUCAUGGCAAUCCAUACCUGAAUUUGUUCCUGUCUGCAGUGGUGGAGAUCCCAGCUUUCAUUAUAGCCAUGCUGUUGCUCAGAUACUGCAGCAGGAGAUUCUGCCAGUCCUCCACUCUUCUCAUGGGUGGAGCUAUGAUUUUCAUUAUACAGCUUAUUCCCAAAGACCUGAUGGAGUUGGCAAUUUUACUGGAGAUGCUGGGAAAACUUGGUGUCACAGCUGCAUUCUGUGUAGUUUAUGCAGUGACUUCAGAACUGUUUCCUACCGUGGUGAGAAACAUGGCGAUGGGAACGUGCUCCAUGACCGCUCGCAUAGGCAGUAUAGUUUCUCCUUUCAUCAUAUACUUGGGUAACUACUACAAAUAUAUUCCUUAUAUUGUCAUUGGAAGCCUGGUAGUGUUUUCUGGCUUAAUUACGUUACUGUUGCCAGAAACUAAAGGAAAGCUUCUCCCUGAGACCAUUGUGCAGAUGCAGCGAAUAAAAGGACUGAGGAGCCCCAAAAAACAGGAUGCAAUGAUGUGGACAGCAGACAAGAGUAAAGUCUUCAAAGAAGUGAAACUUUAACAACUGGACAGUGAAAUAAAAACAUUAAUGUCAUGUUAAUCAAAUGAGUGACUCUAACCCUAAAUUAAUUACACUGUUGAGCUGGCAUGGCAACAUCAACUUGUCUUGCUUUUGUUUAACUUUUAUAGGCAGAUCAUGUAUGCAAGACAAAUCCACCACAUGAGGAGCUUUACUGCCUUUGAUGUGUUAUCAUAUUGUCUGCAAUAAAGCUUGUGCCCCCCAGCCAUACCUGACCAAACGUUUAGAUCUUUCCCAUGUGUUUAUCAGGAACAAAAGUCACUAUAUUAAAAAAAAAAAAAAUGCAUGUAAAUAACUCUGGAGCAUAUUUUAUGUUGGAUUAUCAGAGAUUCUCCAGCUAGAGCAGAUGCACAAAGUGUACGGCACAAAACAGUCCACAAAGACACAAGGAAAGGAAAUACUAUAAAAAGAGAGGGAGCCCCAUGUGGAACAGACAAGGAGAACAAAACAAAAGCUGAAGGUAGAAAGAAUCCUGCUCCUGGAGAACUACUGUGCAAUCCUGCAGAUUUCAGCUCUAGCCCUAAUCAAACACACCUGAAUCAGCCAAUCAGUGUGUUCAGGAUUGCUCAGACGUUGCUGGCCAGUGUGUUUGGGCAGUGUUGGGACUGAAGUACACAUCUAAACAAUAAUAAUACGGUCAAAAAAACAAUGCAUUUGAAUUUUAAUUAGUAUGACAAUACAUACUGUACUAAAUGGUAACGAAUCACUCAAAAGUUGGAAAAAAUUGUUUUUUUUUUUUACAAUAUGCAUGCAGUACUGUUUUUCAGUGCCCAUGUUCACAGGUUGCAGCAUUCACACUGUACAGGGAUGCAGUCCAGCGAUGUGUUGCAGGAGCAUUUCACCUCUUUGUGUUCUGGACAGGCUGUCAGUCAGUGUGUUAGUGCUGGUUAGUUUGCAGUGACUUCAGUUCAGGCUACAUUGUUACAGCAAGCUUUUAUGAGUAAAUCAGUAAACCAUUCAUCCAACCAGUUUACUCAGAAAUGCUGAUUCAAGAAAGAAACAAAGUGUUGAAACUACUGAACUUUGAACAAUUUUCUUAUAUGGCUUAAAUAAUGUGUAACAUGGCUUUGGGGUAACGCUGAAGAUCAAUUUAUUGGCCAGCACUGACAACUUUCAUGUGAAUGUACUUUCUUUAGCAGACAACUGGCAAACUGUUAUUCAUGCAUAUGUGACUGGCGCUGAAGAAUGAAAGCU